AUGAACCUUCUCCAGAGGUAUUAUAAGAAGGCAGUUGCCAGUAAAUGUGCAGAUGUAGAAGAACUGAGGAAAAAAAUCUUCAUGAGCUUCUACCAUGCAGCUUCCUCUGACGAAGUGCCCAACCACGAUGACUGUCCCACAGGAGUUGAGUCUUGGUGCUUUUGGCAGAGAGCCAUGGCUCUCAAGCAAACACCCCCUUCACAUACAGGUAAAAGCAGCUGCUUUCUGUCAGAGUUUGUGCUGGCUGAGAAGGGCGAUUUUAACGUGAUCGCUGUAGACUGGAGCAAGGGCGCAACAUCACCGUUCUACGACCAGGCAUCCUCCAACCUGCGGGUCGUUGCCACGGAGAUCAAGCUCCUGCUGGACAUCAUGCAUUCUAAAGGCCUUAACCUGGAUAAGGUCCACCUGAUUGGUCACUCACUGGGGGCCCAGCUGUCUGGAUACGUCGGGAACCUGUUUGGUCACAACGUCAUUGGCAGGAUUAGUGGUCUAGACCCAGCAGAACCCAACUUUUUAAACAAGGCAGUGGCGGCCAGACUAGACGCAGACGACGCCAAGUUUGUUGACGUCAUCCACACAGAUGGACGCCAUUUUGAUUUUGUUGGAGGCUACGGCCUGAUGAUACCUUGUGGAGAUGUAGAUUUCUACCUGAACGGUGGUGAGCACCAACCAGGCUGCUCAGGAUCAAAUGUGUCCAUGUGGUGCAGCCACGGACGAGCACAUCAGUACUUUAUAGAAUCCGUCGACUCAACGUGCCAGUUCACAGCCCACCCAUGCGACUCUUUUGAAAAGUUUGAAAAUGGCGAAUGUUUUUCCUGUGGGUCUGGGUGUGGUGUGGCUGGGUACUCCGCCGACCAGCACCCCGCCAGAGGAAGUCUGUAUGUGGACACCCACCACGAAGCUCCAUACUGUGGAUUCCACUACCACGUCAAAAUUUUCCCAUACGCCUCCUCGGCUGACACAUCCGGGUUAGUUUAUGUGUCUCUGAUUGGCACAUCUGGGAAGACAGAUUUUAUCCCAACCAAUGCCAAGUACCUAAAGCUGACUAAAACCACAACCAUCACCACCAACGUUGUCUACAAGAACGACAUCGGCACCAUCACAGGUGUGGACGUCAGGUACGACAGAGACAACGGCUCCCUCGGCAUCAUGCUUCUCUCUGCGACAACAACAACCUUGGCCAUAGCAGGGAUCGAGAUCCUGUCAUCCGUUCACAACACCUGGUCAUCAUCCUGUCGGGGUUCGUUCCAGCUCCACGACCGAGCUCCUCUCCAUAUAUCAACAGCUGCAGGCAGAACCAACCACCCGUGUACAGCUGUAGGCUAAAAGAUGUAGGCCCUAUCCUGUGUACUAAAAUUUAUUAC